UGACAGUCCCAGGUGGGUGCCUGGAGUUGGAAGCAGCAGCUAGGGUGUGUCCUGGAGCCCCGGCCCUGCACCAUGGUCAUUCUCGAGACGGACGCCCGCUACUGCCGGAACAUUGCGGCUGAUGCCAAGAGCUGCCACCUCAAGUUGCUGCUGUUCCUGGCCUCCUGCGGCCUGUACUUCGCCCUGUGGCUGCCUGAGCCCAGCUGGGUCAGUGCCGGCGGCAAGAGCCUCCCGCUCCUGAGCCUGGUCUGGUUCCUGAUGGCCCAGGCCUGGGGUGAUGGCGCCUGGACCCCGGCCGCCUGCUGGGUCUGCUGGGGCCUGAUGUUCUCCAGCGUGGGAGACGCCUGCCUGGUCUGGCCCCAACUAUUUAUCCCGAGGAUGGUGGCCUUCGCUCUGGCUCACGUCUGCUACAUCUGGGCCCUGGGCCUGCGUCCCACCCGCCCCUGGCUCCUGCUGCUGCUGGCGCUGGCCUGGGCUGGGGCCUACGUGACGCUGUGGCCCUGCCUAGGGGGCCCCUACUUGCCGGCCGUGGGGGGCUACGGGGCGCUGCUGGCGGCCAUGGCCUGGCGGGCCCUGGCCCGGCCUCCCCCCCACCUGACCGUGGCCACCGGCUCCCUGCUCUUCGUGGCCUCCGACCUGGUCCUGGCCUGGGACCACUUCUGCGCCCCGGUGCCCCAGGCCCGGCUCAUUGUCAUGGGCACCUACUACGCGGCCCAGGGGCUGAUCGCAGCCUGGGCCCCCCGCACCGGCCCCCCCUGGAAGGAGACCUGA